AGAAUAGCAAAAGUUUUCAAAGCAAACGGCCAGCAUCGAAUAGAAACCACACUUUUUGAAAAAACGAAAUAUGUCGUUUUUGCAAAACAGACAACUGCUGAAAGAAGAGAUAGAAGUAUGCUGGUUGAGGCUGAGCAAUAUUCUUAUGAUAUUCUUAAAACAAUGGAUGAUUCGGAGUCUGGAUAUUUUUAUAAACAAUACUCAUAUAAGAAAGAGCGUAUAGUAUGGGCCAGAUUUACUUGACCUGACUAAUAUUUUUCAUAUUGUUAUUAGAAUUAUCAAAUAAUCUGACAUUUUGUUUUUUGUUUGGACUGAAGAGUUUUACUAUUAGUCCUCAAGUUUGCAUUCCAUCCUAGAGGAUACAUCAUAUCAAGUUAUCAAGGGUUGUCGAAUAAGGGGCAAUGAAGGGGAUAUUUUCUGUUGUUUUAGUAAAAUUGCAGGGCCAAGUACAGAUUCUCUGGGAGCGUGAUAAGAAAUUGAAAACCUUCUUAAUAUCUCAACAUUAUUUUUGACGUAAUUUGCAAAUAUCAUCUAAAAAGUAAAUAUCUUUCUUGCCAGAGUUGACAAACUCUGCAAGAAUUUUUAAAACAAAAACUGGCGACGGUUCUGGUAGCAGCAAGCUUAUAAUUUCUUUGCAUUCCCAAGUACACUUCCUCUGUGAAACGCGGUGUUUACCUUCAGACCCCAGAAAUUUGUACACGAUAAACAAUUAUAUUGUCGUUUUUAAUCCUCUGCUCUUGCUAAUUUAACUUCGUUGUUAGAGUUCUUGUUUUAAUAGCAGUGGAAGGCACGUUUUUAGAAAUAUUGUUUAAAGAGUGCAUGAAAUUUGUCCAUCGGAUCAAAGAUUCUUUUAGUUUAUUUAUUGAUUUGGAAUGGAAGAUGGUGUUGAGCUCUUGCCCCCCGUCCCAUUGAUAUCUUCAUUGAGCCUCAGACUGCAACUGCGUGCACAUUUCAUUUAAAUUUUCGGGGCAUGUUCAGUUUGAACAACAAUUAUCACAGUUGAAGGAACGUAGGAUGAGGAACUGCCAAGUUUAUUUUGCGACAAAUAGCACAUGGAUAUCGCUUGGAUCGAUUGAAAAAGAUCUAGCAUGAUGUAAAACUAAGAGAGGGUUGUGUGGAGGAGCAAUGGCUAACGAUGAGCUCGUUUUUGUCUGUAUCCAGUGUGGGCAUGGAUGCAGUAGUUACGAAGAUCUUACCAGUCAUAUGGAAGAUCAUGAAGAUAAGAAACCAGACAUACGACAGCUCAGAAAGUCAACCGUUUUUAGCAAAGGUAAACAGUCAGGAAAGUUUGGAAAAGGUGCAAAGAAAGCAAACAGUAGCAUCAGCGAUGACUUCAAAACAGAAUCUGGAGACAGUCGUUCUCGGAUGUACUCUUAUCCAUCUUAUAUUUCAAUUGGUACUAACAAUCUCGAUGACAUCGACCCCACUUGGUCACACGGAAACAGUUUUCAAAAUGUACAUGAAAGUGAGGCCAAGUCCGAUGAGAGGCCUGGAAAAGCUACAAAGGGGGGCGCUAAAAGCAAACAAAUACAAAAUAAACCGGGAAACAGUAAACAAAAUAAUAAAAAGCUACAAAAUAAACAUUUUUCGAGUAAAACGCAAAAUAACAAACAAAGUACAAACAAACAGCAAUCUACUAAGCAAGUGACUGGGAAACAGGGAACGACUAAGAAAAUACAAGCGCAAAAAAUUCAAGCUGCAAUUUCAUCGCAAAGCCAGAAAAACAAGGCAGUUGUAAAUUCUAAUAAGCAGGUUGCUGCUAAUGUUAGUAACAAGAGAAAGGCGACAACGGAGCCUGGGAAUUCAGUGAAGAAUGCAAAAAUCAAGAAAAAAGAAAGCAAGAAACAAAUGACCGAAAAAGAAGCGCAAGAUUUUCGAAGGCGUAGCACAAAUUCGAUGCGUUUGAGGAAGCUGACAUCAGCAGGCGAGAUUUGUCAUGAUGAUUCAUCAGAGUCGAUGUCAGAAUCUGAGAGGCUUGCUGAAGCCAUUCGAAGAUCUAAGAUUGAAACAAGCAUGUCAAAUGUGGAUGAAAGAAACAAAAAUGACAGGACUCCGACCGAGCUGGCUCGAACUCGGAGCAAGUUGCAGGUAAUUGAUAAGCUGAAAGGAAAGAAGAAUGCUCUAAAUAUUGUGGAGAAAUCUGAACGUUUAAUGUUAGCCAAAUCAAAGCAAAUAGGAAAUGAAAGUUUAAAGAAGGCUGCAUUUAGCAGCAAGAAGGAUCAUUUUAUUGGACCUGAUAAGGAACAUUUUGUUGGUCAUUUCAAGGCAACACAGAAAAAAUUAAAAAAGUCGUUGAGAUCAAAAAAGACUCUGCCAUCGAUGGCUUUUGAAAAGAAAACAUCAUUUACAAACCGCGAUUGUAAAUCACAGACGCAAGUAAAACGACCUGUAACUGCUACUUCCAAGGUUGCGACCACCUUGAUUGGCAAAAUAAUACCCAUACAAGCACCGAUGAUAUGGAAACUUGUAAACUCAGCGCAGCAGCAGAAAUCUGAGACGAUUGACUUGAAAAAGAUCCAAAACAUGAAAAAUAAUGCAACACUUAAAUUCACUGGUGAGCAGAAAGUCUUGAUUACCUUUAACCCGAACAGUGAGGGUCAAAAUUCUACCGCUGUAAAGACUAUUAUUGCUAAUGUUACGUCACCAUCUAAGAAUUCGCCCAAAAGUUCGACCGGUGUUAAAACGAGGCAGGCAGUAUUGUUACCUUUGUCGGCAGCAGGGGAUUCCCCAACAUCACUUGGUAGUGGAAAUUCCCCCACUGACAAUGCUGCAAAUCAGCCAGUAAGAAUCCUCCGCAGCAGCAACAAAUCUGUCCCGAACUUGUCCAACUACUCGAUUAUUCCUUUGUCUUCUUUAGUAUCAAGCUCUGCCAUUGUUUCAGCUAUUCCUCAUCUUCUAUCUGCUGUUCAAAACAAUGUAAAAAAUUCACCGGAAAUGCGAUUAACAACAACGACACAGAAGCCCAUCACCUAUCCUCCACCGGUAAAGACAGUGAUCAGAAAUUCACCUAAAGAAAACGCAAGCACAUCAGCGCCUGUGUCAACCCCAGUGAAACUUAUUGUUGUAAGUUCGGUCACGCCCACCACAGCCACUUCUAAUGUGUCCACCGGUGGCGCAUGUGUUAUCGCAAGUAUUCACAAAGUCUCAGCUAAUGCCACUGUGACCACAACAUCAAGUACACCAACAAGUUUAUCAACUUUGUCUUCUUCCGCGACUUCCCAACAGGCCUUUCUUCCACAGAGCUCAAAGACCUUGAUUAUUAAACAUUCGAGUAAUAGUUCCCAAGUUUUUACCUUGAUACCAACAAUGGGCAACACUUGCUACCCUGCAGUGGCACCCCAAUCGCCCCAAAAACUACUGUUUCAGGUACUACUCCGAACGCAUCAACGCAAUCUCAGCUAA